AUGAGCCAAUUGAUUAUCUAUCUUUUUAUUUUACUUCUUUCGUUAACAACUACUGUUAACUGUAAACUACCUGUAGAAUGUGAAUUACCACCUGUAACAGGUCCAUGUCGUGGAAUGUUUCCAUCAUUUUAUUUUAAUCCAUCAACAAAACAAUGUGAAAAAUUUAUUUACGGUGGUUGUCAAGGAAAUGAAAAUCGUUUCGAAAAUAAAGAAAAUUGUUUUGCAAAAUGCGGAGAAAAGAAUCAUGAAAAUGAAACAAUACAUGAAGAUGAAUAA